AUGGUGGGAAUUGCCGCAGGUCGCUCUCUGGAGGGACAAAAUGCCGCCAGGCUGGCCAUGACAUGGAAAGAUCGACAACGCACACGGGUUCCUGUGGUUGAUCUCGACGACAACCCUUUCUGCGUUGAAAGGCGGACGAACGAAGAAUGGCACAUGAUGCAACUCAACAAGAAACCUUUCCGAGAAUUUUCCCGGAAAAAAAGGAACUUGCUGGCCUGGUCUAUUCGCGCCGCCUCCGCCUCCGACGCGGCAGCUCAAUCAACCGCGAACAAGACCCACAUGCCUACACGGCGUUUGAGCACGACGGUUCGUUCCGACUUGGACGGUACCGACAUAGGCGAAUUUUUCAACAUGGAGCGAGGGAUGUCAGGUCGCGUCCUGCACCCCACUGACCGUGUGGAGGUAGACGUCGACACACUGCCGACCCUGGAGCCGUACCGGCGAGAGGUGGUUGCGCAGCAGCCGAUUACCUUUGGUCACAGGCCGUUAUCUGCGUCGCGAAUGUUCAACCCGUGCACAAUGGCAACGUCGUGUGGAAUCCCAAGCGAUGGCCACCACCCCAGUACCGGAGGUAUUCGCGGAAGGAAAAAGGGCGGUGGUGGACAUAAAGGCGGGUCAAGCCGUAAGCGAGGCCGAAAUAGCAAGCCUCGCCGAACGACCGGUCUCAGUGCACCAAUGCUCAAAGCGCUCUUGAGGGGAGACACUCCGACAGGAGAGGGGGGGGCUGCGUUAGUGACAGCAUCUCAGCAUCAGCAGGAGCUGUUUGAGCCGAAUGGAAACAUCGUGUCUAGAGACUCGGCUCCUAAGCCAAACUACUUGGUGCUUGACGGGCAAGAGGAUUUAACCGACUCUUCCGUAAAUAGCGAAAAAUUAGACGAAAGCAAAUGGCGAUCCGUUGACGACCUUGGAAGAGGAGAGGCGCUCGGAGAACUAGAAUCGUGGCUGCAGACUUCGAGUCAUAGUGGGCUGGGACAUGGCCGGCGUAGGCUAGGUAACACGAAGGAGGGGCAGGAGCUGCACCGAAUAUUCUCUUCUGAGCGCCCUCCUUGGGACGGAGCACCGGCACCGUUGCCUGCUCCCCAACAUACGAGACGAGCUAUCAGCUCGCUCUUGAUGCCAGAUCCAGACGAAAGGCUGCGGGACAAGCUAAUAAAGUCCAGGAAGGCCGCCGCGGGUGUGCCGGUCACCGCCUCCAGCACCAAGGACGAGAGAGAACGAGAGCUGAGGCCCUUCAACCCAACACCCAUUGGACGGUGGGAGGUGUGCCCCGCCACCCCUCGCGCGGUGAUCGCCCGACAAGAGAUCAGAAGACUCUCGGAAUUGCGGGAGGAGCGGGAUCGCGCCAUGGCCAAGAAAGUGCGGCAAGCUGAGUUGAGUGUGCUCUUCAAAAAGAUCGCCCCGUCGGAGAAACUUUACCGCAACACGCUUCAAAUAGCCCAAGAGAGGUUCCGACACCAGGGUACUGCAGCGAUCUAG